AUGCGCAAUGCUUUGUCUCCGCUGCUGGUGUUUAUGGCUGCAGAACUAGACCUUACAACGUCUCAAAAAGGAAAUCUGUUGUCGGCCAUCGCCGCAGGAUACUUCUUUACCCAGGUCCCAGGCGGCGUUUUAGCUGAUUGGCUUGGUGCGAAAAAUGUGAUGACGGCAGCUCUAACCCUGAGCGCUUUAUGCUGUUUAUUACUUCCUGUGGUUGUGGAUUCCCUGGGCUUGUCAGGCUUGUGGGGCGUGAUGGCUGUAAUGGGUGCCGUGCAGGGCCCGCUUUUCCCCACAAGCACAGUUUACCUCAGCAAGUGGAUGCCUAAAGCUGCACCAGGUGGAAGUGACGAGAAGGCUUGGGGUACCGGCAUGCUGGACAUUGGAACUUCCUUAGGAGCUCUGCUGGUCAUUCCUGCUGCGAACAGUUUGGCAGGAACGUUUGGGUGGCGUCUGGCGUACCAAAGCAUCGGUGCAGCCAGUCUCGGAUUUGUGGGCAUCUGGCAGGUUAUGGCGGCAGAGGAGCCGGGCAGGUGUUUCUACAUCUCCAAGACGGAGCUAGCUUUUCUGGAGGCAAAUGUGCCAAAGCAGAAGCCGAAGUCUAAAGAUCAGCAGCAGGAUCAAGACGGAUCUGGCCUUUUGGGCAUGCCUCUGGCUUUGGCAUUGCACCAGGGCCUUUGGGCUGUGUUUUUUGCGCACAUUGCGUUCAACUAUGGUGCGUACUACCUGACCAACUGGAGUCCCACCUACUACAGCGAAGUCCUGAACUUGACGCCGGCGCAGGCCAAGUACCACCUCAUGCUGCCCCACGUCACAAACCUGAUUUGCAAAUCUGUGAAUCCGCUGCUGGUUAGAGUAGUGGAAAGGAAUGGUGUCAGCCUGCUGUCAAUGCGACGCCUCUUCACCGUGUCUGGUUUUGUUCUGGCGGCUGCUUGCUUGCUGCCAGUCUAUCGCCUGCGGAAUCAUGACCCGUGGAUCUCCACGAUACUUUGCAGCAUGGCAAACGCCUGCUUCGGCCUAGCUCCAUGUGGGUUCAAGGCAAACUAUCUGGACAUAACUGAGAAGUACGUUGGGGUCAUCAGUGGAUAUGGAAACACACUGGGAACUGUUGGCUCGUGGGUCGGACCGCAGUUGGUGGCUUUCUUGUUACAUCGCUUCCAAAGCUGGGACGUAGUUUUGCUGUCCGUGGCCCUGGUGAACGUUGGUGCUGCGCUGAACUAUGUGCGAUGCUCCACGGUGACUCCGUUGGAAAGGUCACUGCAGACGCCGACAAAGAAGGCAGCAGACCCAAAGACCAAUUGA